AUGAGUUCCUCCACUUCUGGUCUUCGUCAAAUCGGCAUUUACCGUAACCUGCCGACUUUCGAUGAGUCGGUUGAAAGCCUCACUGCCAUCAUCACCGGUGCCAAUGGCAUCUCUGGCUUCAACACGAUGAGGGCUCUUCUUGACAGCCCCAAGCGCUGGAAGACCAUCUUCUGUCUCUCCCGUCGUCCUCCUCCGGAAGAGAUGAUGGCUCUCUUGUCAGCCGAUGCCCGUUCCAGAAUCGAGAUCGUCACUUGUGACUUCCUCGAUGAGCCUGCCUCUAUUGCGGAGAGCAUGAAACAGGCUGGCGUUCGAGCGGAUCACGUCUUCUACUACUCUUACAUUCACAAGGACUGGUCUGAUGUUGAUGGUCUUGUUGAGAGCAAUGUCGCCCUACUGAAGAACUUCCUCGAGGCAUUGGAGUUGGCAGACGUCAAGCCUACUCGCUUCCUUCUUCAGACUGGCGGCAAAAGCCAUGGCGUGCAUAUCGGCCGCGGGCGCUUCCCCCUCCUCGAGUCCGAUCCGCAGCCCAGACACCUGCAGCCUAACUUCUACUACCCUCAGGAGGACUUGCUCAGAGCCUUUUGCAAGAGGCACGGCACGGCGUGGAACAUUGUCAUGCCUUGUGCCGUGAUCGGAACCUCGUCGCAGGCGGGCAUGAACAUGCUCUACCUAUUCGGCAUCUACGCUGCAGUGCAAGCUCGGAAGGGCGAGCCUCUCGCUUUCGGAGGAGAUUGGGAAUCGUGGCAGUUUGAGAGCUACCAUGGUUCGGCACGGAUGAGUGGCUACCUCAGCGAGUGGGCAGUUCUCAACGAAGACAGCGCCAACGAGAGCUUCAACGCGCAAGACGGAGGUCCGCUUGUGUGGGAGCGAUUUUUCCCUGAGCUGGCCCGCUGGUUCGGUGUCGAAAAGGUAGUUCCCCCGCCGGACGACGAGUCUAGUGUCGAGACCAAGAUCCAUGGCAAGUCGGGCAAGAAGACACCCCUCGGCUACGGCCCGCCUUUCUCUUCCAAGACGCGGUUCACUCUCAGCGACUGGGCCAAGGAUGAGAAGAAUGCCAUUGCUUGGCGCGAGAUCAUGAAGGAGUCUGGAGGCAAGAUUACGAAUGAUCCGUUCGCGGACCCCGAAACUUUCUCCAUGUCCGAGUAUGCGUACCUUCGGGCUGGGAGCCCGUGUUUGAACAAGGCCAGACGUCUUGGGUGGACUGGAUUCGUUGACACGACUGAGAGCAUCUUUGAGACGUUCCAGGAACUGGAAGAGCUUGGGCUUUUGCCCAAGAUGAAAGUUGACUCCGCUCGUCCAAUGUGCUAA